AAAGAAAUUUCUGUUGUUUAAGCCACCUGGUCUGUGGUAUUUUGUUACAGCAGCCUGAGCAAACUAAUACAGCAUCUCAAAGAUGCCUGUAACCCAACUCCAUUCCCACCCUAAGUCAGAGUGUUCAGCAGAGGGUUAGUAGUUGCCUCCAGAGCAUGAAGGGCUCUUCCUGACUCACUGUGAGGAAUGCUUUGGGUUAAAAUAUUGUACUUUUCUGAGUUCAGCUGAAAGGUGGAGGGCUCAGUGAGGUGGCUCACAUCUGUAAUUCCAACACUUUGGGAGGCCGAGGUGGGAGGAUCACUUGAGCCCAGGAGGUUGAGAGCAGCUUAAGCAACAUAGUAAGACCCUGUUUCUCAACACACACAUGCACGCACUCACGCACGCACGCACGCGCGCGCAGGUGUGGGGGCAUGUGCCUGCAGUUCCAGCUACUUGGGAGGCUGAGGUGGGUGGAUUGCUUGAGGCAAGGAGUUUGAGACAAGCCUGGUCAACAUAGUGACACCCCAUCAUCCCCCAAAAUCAUUUUUCUUUGUUUCGAGACACAGUCUCACUCUAUUGCCCAGGCUGCAGUGCAGUGGUGUGAUCUCACCUCCCUGCAACCUCCGCCUUCACGGACGGUGAAUGUCAGUAAACAUUCGGCAGAAAAGCUCUGCCAAAUUGAGUGCUCUGAUGUGACUUUUUUGUCAAGUCAGUGUUCCUGGGAUCUCUUGUACAUGAUAAUCUCACUCUUGUACAUGAUAAUCUCACUCCUGUAAGGUUUCCUAGUUUCUGCUUGCCCUAGUUUUCUUUCCCAUCCUGAUCCCUCUCCCACCAGACUGGACUCUGAAAUGGGCAUGUACAGAGAAGAGGAGACCCCAACAUGCUUCAGGCUUUGAGUGGAGAGGACACAGCCUCUGCUGGGACAGGGAACAGAGGGAUGCGGAGACCCCGAAGAUGCUUUUGGACAAUGGUCUGAGGUUGGGACAGUGGCAGGAGAUACCAUUCAUUCACUCAGGAUCUCCAGAACAAGAGAUCAGCCUGGCAGUUACAUGUGUUUUUCUUCAAACUGGUUGCCAGCAGUGCCCACAAGAAGGCCAUGGACAGAACAGAGACUACUUUCCAUGAGAGGGGACAGAUUAUGGGAAAGAUCACGGCCAGCCAUCAACCGCACCCCCAGGAUGAGCAGAGCCCCCAGUGGAGCACCUCGGGGUACCCCCUCCAGGAGGUGGUGGAUGAUGAAGUGUCGGGACCAUCAGCCCCUGGGGUAGAUCACAGCCCCCCAGGUAGGUCCUUUUGCUGGAAAAGGAAGAGGGAGUGGUCAGACGAAUCUGAGGAGUCGUUGUUGGAGGAGCCACAGAAGGAGCUCAUCCCUGAGCCUGAGGAGACCUGGGUGGCGGAGACACUGUGUGGCCUUAAGAUGAAGCUGAAGCGACGGCGAGUGUCGUUCGUGCUCCCUGAGCACCACGAGGCCUUCAACAGGCUGCUUGAGGAUCCUGUCAUUAAAAGAUUCCUGGCCUGGGACAAAGAUCUGAGGGUGUCAGACAAGUAUCUCCUGGCUAUGGUCAUAGCGUAUUUUAGCCGGGCCGGCCUCCUCUCCGGGCAAUACCAACGCAUCCACUUCUUCCUGGCUCUCUAUCUGGCCAAUGACAUGGAGGAGGACGACGAGGCCCCCAAAGAAAACAUCUUUUACUUCCUGUACGGGAAGACCCGCUCUCACAUACCCUUGCUCCAUAAGCGUCGGUUCCGGUUAUGCCGUUCCAUGAACUGGAGGGCCAGGAAGAACCGCUCUCAGAUAGCCUUGUUCCAGAAGCUUCGGUUCCAGUUCUUCUGUUCCAUGCGCUGCAGGGCUUGGGUUUCCCCGGAGGAGUUGGAGGAGAUCCAGGCUUAUGACCCAGAGCACUGGGUAUGGACGCGAGAUCGCGCCCACCUUUCCUAGAGCUCCAGGGACCGUGGAGGCCUGAGGUCAUCGGCCUGAGAGAAGAACACCGGGCCCAGGGGAGAUGUGGAUUUUCCGCAGGAACUUUAUUCCAAUGCUCAUGGCAGACACCAGGAAGGAGGAGAGGAGCCAUUUGUGCAGAUCAUCUGGAAGAACCUGGACCGUUCUUGAUGGAGCUGAAUACAGUGAUCACGUUGUCCUCCUAGGAGCAGGGGUGGAGGGUGGGGGGUGGGGUACUUCUAGAAGUCCUUGGAGAAAAGUAAGAAACCAGGAGUGUUUCCAGUUCCACCCUUUCCUGCGGCACCACCUCCCUUUUCAUGUUGCUGAAUUCCAACCUCCCUGGAGGUCCUGUUUCUUAGGGACUUGGUUGCCACAGUCCAGGAGGAUUUGAACACAUAAUGCAGGGACUCAGAUUGGCACAGAAUUCUUCAUGAAAUAUGAGUGCCAUAGACUGUAACGGAUAGCUUCGUGCACACUAUGCAUUUUGUUGGUUUGUUUGGAAAAUGUUAGCCAUUGAAUUAUUAAUAGGUUUAUUUCAAAUAGUUAGGAAAUUGUACUUUUGAAAACAUGCUGUUCCUGUAUAGUUUUUUGAUGAGAGUUAUAGCUAUUAUAUAUACAUAAAGAUAAUUUUCUUUUCAUUUUUAAGAGAGAAUUCUUUUUAUCCUAAAUCUUUUAUUAUCUUUAAAUUUUUUUCUGUAUUAUUAUAUGUGCUCCUGAAGCGAGCACUCUUUUCAUCUAUGAUACUUCCAUAAUAAUUUCUUCUAUUUAUAGCUAUUGGUAGUUCUCCUAAAUUCUAGUCAUAGAAAUUUUUAUUUGCUGUUUAGGUUUGUGACUGAAUUGUGAGAAUUCAGUUGUGAUUUUUAACAUGUCUUAGAUAUAUAUACUAACAUGUCUAAUAUAUACUAUCUAUUUUAUUGGUUUAUUUUGAAAAAGAUUGGCAAAGAAUUAUUUAAAUAUUAUUUUAUUUAACUAUUUAUUAAAUAUUAAUUUAUUUAAAUAUUACUUUAAAUAUUAUUUUAAAUAUUGUGGAAAUACUGGUAUUUUUGAAUAGACGCUGUUUCUAUAAAGUUAUGUGAUGGGUGUUAGAACUGUUAUAUACACAUAAAUAUAAUUUUGUUUUCCUUUUUAAGAGUGGAUUCUUUUUAUCAUAAAUCUUUUACCUUUCAAUCUUUGUAUCUAUUAUUACAUGUGCUGCUGAAGGAAGCAUACUUUUUAUCUAUGAUACUUAGCUCAUAUGUAUAUUACAUUUAUAGCUAUGUGGUAGUUCCCCUAAAUUCUUGUGAAAAUAAAUGUUUAUUUGAUAUUUAGUGUAUGUUUGAAAUGUGAGAAUUCAGAUGUAAUUUUUUACCUUGUAUUGGCAUGUUUGUAUGUUACUUUAAAGAGGAUGUGUGUUCUAAAGGAGGGCAUGAGCUGUGUGUUUUCAAGAGAACAAGAGAGUGCGUCUCUUGGGGAAACGUAAUAAAGAUGAACUUUUCUAACCUUCA